GAGCCCACUUGCAACCAGCCAAUCGCCGCGAUAUUUCGGAGCGCUUGUCAAUUGCGUGCCUGCGCCAUGGGCGGGCGUUUUGGUUUGGGCCUAGUGGCCCUGGCCGCGGCGGAGCUCAGUCCUAUCUCCAUUGACCCUACUGGGCAUUUCGUGGACAGCGAUGGUCGCGUGCGCAUCUUCCAUGGGGUGAACGCGGUUUAUAAGGAAUCCCCCUGGCUGCCGCGCGGCGACGCCUUCAGCGCGGAGGACUCCCUGGAUGCCGAGACCAUGGACCUGCUGCAGGAGUGGGGUUUCAACGUGGUGCGCUUGGGCGUGAUGUGGCCUGGGGUGGAGCCGGCGCCUGGACGCCUGGAUGCCGGCUAUCUCAAGAACGUGAGCCGCAUCUCGCGGGAGCUCGCCGAGCGUGGCGUCUAUACCUUGGCCGAUCUGCACCAGGAUUUGGGCUCGCGCUACUUCUGCGGAGAAGGAGUGCCGGAGGCCUAUGUCGAGGAGCUGUUCCGAAAUCCUGGUAGCCGCAUGGCGCAGGUCGGGGCCUUCCCGGCGCCCUUCGCGCCGCUGCCGAAGAACGCCUCGCAGUUCCCGGAGCUCCCGGCGUGCCUCCAGAGGCUCUUCAGCGAGUACUACAGCACCUACCAAGUGGGGGCCCUCUUCGACGAGCUGUACAGACCAGGCUCCAGGCUGCACGAGGGCUUCUUGCGCUUUUGGUCCGCGGUGGCAAAGGAGCUCAAGGACCUGCCGCAGGUCCUGGGCUACGAGCUGCUGAACGAGCCCUCGGGCACCUGCCUCCAGGACAACACCGAGCUGGGCUGCAAGAUGUCUGGCGAGUCCAUGCCAAUCCGUUUUGACAACAAGGUGGAGGCGGAGCUCUUGACGCCCCUCUACCAGGCAGCCGCGGAGAAGAUCCGCGCGGAGGGCGCCCAGCAGGUGAUCUUCUACGAGGCCACGGUGUGGCCCAAGCUCGGGGCGGAGGUCUUCCCAGCUCCGGCGCUGGGCGCCGACCCCCAGCAAGCGCUGGCCUACCACAUCUACUGCGCUCCAGGCGACGGCAAGAGCCUCCCCGCGGGGCUCUUGUGCGACGCGGCGCAGCAGAUCUUUGAGCACACCUACUUCCCCUUCCUCGAGAAGCACCGCCUCGCCGGCUUCAUGACGGAGUUCGGGGCCGUGGCGGGCAACGCCAAGGAGCUGACGCACCUCAGCAAUCUCCUGCGGGCCGCCGACGCGCACUGGCAGAGCUGGACCUAUUGGCAGCUCAAGAAGUUCAAAGACUUCACCACCGCGAAUUCUGGGGAGUCCAUGUUCAUGAAGGACGGCAAAGUGGAGGUCGACAAGCUCCGCACGCUCACGCGCAGCUACGCGCCGGCCAUCGCCGGGCGCCCGCUGCGCAUGGACUUCGACAGCGGCACGCGGAUCUUCGAGCUGGAUUUCAUGGUCUCCGUGGAGGCGCCCACUGAGAUCUACAUCAACGAGGCUCUGCACUACCCGGCCGGGUAUGCCCUCAAUGUGCUUCCACCAAAUUGCCUCAAGGAGCUGCCGAAGGUGAAGAACUUAGUCCGCCUCGCUUUGGCGGACAACGCCUGCUUGGGCAAGGUGAUGGAAGUGAGGAUUCAGCCGGAGCGCAGCAUGCUGGUGUGAAAUUCGCGAGACUAGAGCGCCAAAGCGCGCCGUCCAAGCGCGAAAGCCACGUGGCAAAUGUGGACAAAGAAUGCCGCUCUGGAGCCAGGCUUCCAACUUUUUGUUUUUUUGAUUUCCC